AAAUAUCAAAAAAGGUCGUGAUCUUUUAUCAUAGCCUGUUAGGGUUUUGAAAUUUAUUUGCGUAUGUCGUCAACUACCUACUUCAAUUAUUAUCAAAUUACAUAUACAAUUGAUUCGCGAUUGAUUGCAGUGUAAUUAUUAAGUGUGGUUAUGUUUUCCUCACAUUUCACAAUCACAAGUGGUUUUAGAAUGGUUUCUAGGAAAAUCCAUCAAUUAUCGCAGUUAUCCGUUGACAUGCCUAGCAGCUACAAGGAAGCCAUCGACACCUUAAACAGACUCCAGAGCAAUGUGGAGUACAUUAAACAUGCAAAAGUUCAAAAUAAUCAAGAAAAUAACAUGGUUGAAAUGCAUAAGUUUCUUAAAAGAUCGGGCAUGUCUCUGGAACAACUGGACAGCCUCCCAGUAAUCCAUAUAGCCGGUACAAAUGGAAAAGGCACAACUUGCUCCUAUUGCGAAUCAAUCCUAAGACAUCAUGGCUACAAAACUGGAUUUUAUUCCUCGCCACAUUUGCUUGAGGUGCGAGAGCGGAUAAGACUCAAUGGAGUCCCCAUUUCAAAAGAUAAAUUUUCAGAAUAUUUUUGGAAGAUUUACAAUAGGCUUGAUAAGGAAAAAAGUGCCUCUUACGAUAUGCCUCUCUACUUUAGAUUUUUAACACUUAUGGCCCUACAUGUAUUUGUCUCGGAAAAAGUUGAUGUUGCUAUAUUAGAGGUCGGAAUUGGUGGAGAAUAUGAUUGUACCAAUAUUAUCAGAAAAACCCUUGUUGCUGGAAUAACCCCCUUAGAUAUAGACCACACCACACUCCUUGGUAACACAAUAGAGUCCAUAGCGUGGAAUAAAGCGGGAAUAAUGAAACCUGACGCUCAAGUCUUUACUGCACCACAACCAGAAGCUGCCCUCAAAGUCUUAAAGCAAAGAAGUAUUGAAAAAAAUGCCACCUUAGAGAUUAUUAAAAAUGUAUACACAGAAGAAAGUAAUUCGGGCAUCCCGAGGCAGGUGAGAAAAACCAAUGCCAGUCUAGCUUUGGCCAUCAGUAAAGCUUUUAUGACUAGGAUAAACAAUAACAAUUUAAGCAAAUUUACGGAGUUUAACUUGGACCUGGCCAAGAAAUGUAUAGAGACCGCCAGGUGGCCUGGCAGGUACGAAAUCAUUCCUAGGAAAAGUUUCACGUUUUAUUUGGAUGGGGCUCACACUGUGGACAGCAUGCAGGUGUGCUCGGACUGGUUCUUAUCGAAAACAAAAGAAACCAACCGGAGAGUGCUGGUUUUUAAUGUCACGGGCGAGAGAGAUCCGGAAAAUUUACUAAAAUUACUUGUUAAGUGCCAAUUCGAUGUUGCCGUCUUUAUUCCCAACGUGGGAGAUGAUAACGACAGUGCCGACCAAGAAGACCAAAUCCAACCAGUAAAAAGACAAUUAGAGCGAUGCCACUUGAACAAACAAAUAUGGACCAGCUUGGAUGGCAAAUCUGCCGCAGAAGUUUUACCUUCCUUCGCUAAAACCGUAAAUUAUUUGCAAAAUCAGUCGUUUAAGGAAACGGAUGUUUUGAUAACCGGCUCAAUACACCUUAUAGGGUCCGUCAUGUCGGUUUUAGAUCCCACUUUGGGAGGAUCUUUGUAAUUUUCAUAGUGUAAGUGCGGGAAAACAGUAUGAGAAUCUCGUAAAACCGUGUUUUUUUCCUAUAAAGAUAGAUAAGAAAAUGUGUGAUAAUAUAUUCGAUUUUUUUUGUUAAA